AUGAAUAGGCCAAGCAAGUAUGCUGCGGGCCCCCUCUCAAGCGUGUGGACUGAGGUUUCCUACGUAGGAAUGAUGAGCCUGGACUCGGCAAAAAGGUUGAUCGACCCGUUUUUAGGCUCAACCUUCCUUGCCACGAAAACCAUUCACGGCACUCAUGUUAUCGUAGGUGUGGCACGUUGGGAUAACGAUGACAGCGAGCUAGCUUCUGGACACUCCAGCGUCUCAGCCUCGUGUCCGCUGGAACUUGUAUUCCCUUGCACUCCAGCGAAAAUAUUUCAGAUAGAGCCGAUAUCUUUUGAGGGGCUAUGGAAUCCGUUGGCCAUUCCAAGCUUAUCUGGCCCAAUUCCUCGCUGGCCAGCACGACGUUCGUCUCCCCGCUUCCUGAUUUUCAAUCUCCAAUCUAUGUCGGAAAAGCUGGCGAGUAUUCCCAUCGAACAAGAUUGUGCCCAUCCACCCUCCUUCAUUGAAUUGAAUCUUGGCCUCAGCAACUGUGAAGUCUCCUGUCGACGGAAUCGUGAAUUGGAAGCGGAUAACCGCGUUGCACGGCUUUAA